AUCAAUUUGACUGCAAUUUUUAAAUCAAAAUGAUCUCUCUACCAGUUCUUUUGAUGAUUUGUGUAACUAUCGGAGAAAUCUCUGUUUAUGGAAGUAGGGUAACUGACGAUGACCCGAUGAACUUUAAACUAACAAAAUUACUGGAUGUGAAAUUAGAAAGCAAAACCGAUUCUUGGAAAAAUGAUCUAAGUCGCUUAUUUCAUGAACAAAUUGACAACAACGAAUCAGGUAAAUCAGAAGACUCCUUCCAAAUACCUAUGAAGUUAUCUUUUGCAGUUGAGAAAACUAUCAAACAAAACGAUGAAAAAUUAGGAAACGAUGUUUUAGAAGGAUGUCACAAUCUAGUUGGUAGAAGCAAAAUACCUUUAUGUUAUAUGAAUUCUAAACCUCCAUCUAAUUCAACUUUUCCACGAAGUUGUAGAGAAGUUAAGGAAAGCGGAAGAAAUAUAUCUGGAAUCUAUGAAAUUAAGCCUAGAACUAGCAGUAAACCAUUUGCUGUCCUUUGUGAUAUGGAAACCAAGGGAGGAGGAUGGACCCAUCUUCAAAAAAGAUUCGAUGGUACGGAAGAUUUCUACCUACCAUGGAGAGACUACAAGCAUGGUUUUGGUAAUCUGAAUGGAGAGUUCUGGAUUGGACUUGAAAAUAUAUAUCACAUGACAGCAUUUGAAUCCAAUGAACUGCUGAUAGAACUGACAGAACAAGAUAAGACAAAGACUUACGCCCAAUAUGCACUCUUUUCAAUAGGACCAGAAAAAGAUAGCUACGUUUUAAAUAAACUAUCAGGAUAUUCAGGAAAUGCAGGGGAUGCAUUGACGCAUCAUUUAAUGGCAAAAUUUUCCACUCUAGAUGUGGAUAAUGAUAAACAUGCCGAUAACUGCGCAAAAAUGUAUGAGGGAGCAUGGUGGUAUGUAAGCUGUCAUUUAAGUAACCUUAAUGGAAAAUUUAUGAACUUGGUUCUGCCUGCUGCUUAUAAAGGCCACGGAAUUAACUGGACUGGUUAUAAAAUACCUGAAUAUAACUUCGCUGGAUCCAGAAUUAUGGUACGACCAAUUGGAGAAUAAUAAUAGAGCUCACGCAAUUUGUAUGAAUAUCGGAUCUUUAUUAAUAUUAAUACAAAUAUACACUUGUUUAUACAUAUAAGUAUCAAAUAAAAUUAUUAUGCUUAAA